GUCCGCCCCGCCCGGCCGCGCGCCGUUACCAGGGAGACGACGGCGGCCGCGGCCAUGGAGCUGAGGGUGGUGAAGCCGCCCGGGCAGGACCUGAUGGUGGAGCGCCUCAAAAGCCGCUACGGCGUGGGGGGCGGCUGCCCCGCCGAGCCCGGGCGCCGGCGGCCGGACGUGGCGGAGCGGCGGCGGCGGCCUCCCCGCACCCCAGAGGACUUCGGUUUCUACUCACGUGGAGAUGAAGCUGGUCCGUCGCUGAGAUGUUACUCUGAUGAGAGGAGGCGCGGCCCCGCAUCCCCCCGUGGUGCCCUCAAGCGCGGGACCGUCAGUUGGCAAGAUGAUGAACUGGAUUCUUUUCAAGAUUUAAAACAACAGGAAACAGAAGAAGAGUUCAUUGGGAAUGAUCACAGAGUUAGUACCUCCGAAAUAAACAAGCAGUCUUUUAAAGAGAUAAACAAAGCAGUUGCCGGGCCAACUAGUUCGGCCUCAGAUUCAAGGAACUGGACUGACUGUUGCAGUGACGCCAGUGACUCUCCUUCGAAACGUGUCAGCUCCCCAGCGUCCAGAGCCUCAAACAGGCAGGGUGUGCUUCCGCGUCAGGUCAGCCAGAUCUACGAUGAGUUACUCCAGAUAUACCAGAAACUGCAGUGUGAAACUGCAGCACAACAGGAAUUUGCUGAAGAGCUUCAAAAGCGAGAACGUUUUCUGGCUGAGAGAGAAGAGCUGCUUUUCAGACAUGAAAGUGCCUUGAAUAAAAUUAAAGGUGUCAGAGAAGAGGUUCUUACAAGGUUCCAGAUCUUGAAGGAGCAACAUGAUGCAGAAGUGGAGCACUUAACUGAAGUUCUUAAGGAAAGAAAUAAAGAAAGCAGGAGGCUAAGGUCCUCUUUUGAUGCAUUGAAAGAAUUGAAUGAUAGCUUAAAAAAACAGUUAAAUGAAGUAAGUGAAGAAAACAGGAAGUUGGAGGUUCAGGCUAAAAGAGUUCAAGCUCGUUUAGAUAAUUUACAGAGGAAGUAUGAGUUUAUGACAAUACAGAGAUUGAAAGGAAAUCCCCACGCCGCUCACGAAGCAAAAAGUUUAAAACAGGAAAAAGUACCAGUUUCAAAACCUUAUAAGGUACCACUUAAUGGACAAGUUUAUGAACUUCUAACUGUCUUCAUGGACUGGAUUUCGGAUCAUCACCUUAGCAAAUUGAAACAUGAAGAAUCUGGAAUGGAUGGUGAAAAGGCACUACCCACAUUUGCUUCUCAGAGAAAUGAUAUUCAGCAGAAGUGUGUGAAGCUUUUGCCUGUGAUGACAGAGCAGCUACAGUGGAUGCCUUUUGUGAAUGCCAAGCUUCACGAGCCUUUUGUAAAGUUUAUAUAUUGGUCUCUAAGGCAGCUCGAUGCUGGAACACAGCAUUCGACUAUGACGUCAACAUUGAGGAGAUUGGGUGAAGACAUAUUCAAAGGAGUAGUGACUAAGGGCCUUCAGGAUAAUUCUUUCGAGCAUUCUGUGGAGAGUAAACCAAAGACAGCUGCUUUCUUUAAGAGCUCCAGUUUACCGCUGAGAUUUUUAUCAACUUUAAUUGUUCUCAAAACAGUCACACAAGCCGACCUCCUGGCGCAGGCGUUUGACUCCCUGUGUCUGGACUUGAAGGCGGAUGAAGGGAAGAACCUGUUCUUGGAGUGCCAGGCUGUCCCGGUGGUGCUGAGCCACCUGAAGGUCUCCAGCAAAGGGCUCCUGUCCAGCGCCAUCGACAGCCUGCUGCAGAUGACAGUGGAGUCCAGGUUCCUGCAGCCCUUCCUGGAGGUGUGCAGCUGCUCCCUCUUCUUCCGGACCUGCUCGGUGCUGCUCCGGGGCCCGAAGCUUGAUCUCCACAUCCUAGAGAAGCUCAGCAUCAUCCUACAGAAACUGUCCAAAAUCAAAAUCUGGAAGAAAGUCUCAGGAAAUUUGGGCCUCUUCAAAAGAAGGGGCCACAGGGCACAGGCCGAGCAGGAGCUGAGCUGAGAGCCGGAGUCCAGUGGGGACUGAAGGCCUGUGAGCACACGCCAGGGAUGAUGGGCCGCCACCUGCAGGAGAAGAAAAGCAAGCCAGCUCCUGCGAUGCCAGAGGUCGAUCGGGAGGACUUACACCUAGUGAGCAUGCCUGUCGUCGGUGUUUUCAGGUUUGCAGGUGUUCAGAAGUUAUCCGCUUACGUACUAUUCCUGAGGAAAGAAACUGCACAGAUUAUUCUAACCAACUUAAAAUUGAGUUUAUUAACUCAACCUCGUACCAAAAGACUGUAGUGGGCUCUGAAACCACUGAAACGUAAAUAGGUUUAAAGAUUUGUUGUAAUUUGUGUAUAAAAUGGAAUGAAAUGUUAAAUUCCUCAAAAGGGUAAAUAAUGGGGAAAGCAGUAGUUGAGAGUAUUUGGAUGAGACUCUAUUAAUCGAUGUCAAAAACAGAAUUAACGGGGGCCCUGGGAUCUAGGUGGAGAGGGGGAGCUAGUUAGGAGCAGUUUUCUACAUUUUCACCAUUCCAUUUCACUACUGACUUUGACAGAAAAAUGAAGGAUAAAGAAUGCUUUUGGAAAAUGUCAGAGUAACCACUAUUAAAAGCAGAAGAGAUUGCUUUUAACUGAAAACUAAAAUACGUAUACAGACAUGGCAAAACAUAGAAAGCCAGGAACUUGUGAAGAAUAAAAAUACAUAUUUAGGAUAAGUAAGGGAGGUUUUUAAAAUUAUGAAUAAAUUCUGUAUUGCCCUAUGUUGAUAAAUUUGCAAAUCUGGAUGGAAUGGACUGUUUUCUAGAAAAAGACAAACUAUCAGAAUUGCCUCAACAAGUCUGCAAUAGAAAAUCAUUAAAGUCUUAUAAAAGCGUGAAAAUUAAUUUUUUAAAUGACAUUAAUUCCACAUGUUUUGCAGGUGAAUUGUUUUAACAUUUCAAAGAGGAAAUAUUUAAAGCUAUUUAAACUGGCCCAGAAUGUAGGAAAAAACAUUCAUUUUAUACAGAUAGCAUGAACCCAGUACCAAAAAUUGUCAAAGAAAGAAUAAAAGGUUCAAAAGUUUCAAAGAAAUAUGAACAAAUCAACACCAACCGUACGUUACAGGAACAUUAAUCCACGACCAACUAGGGUAGCAUGCGUUCUAGAAAUACCAGGUUGGCUUUCUGGUAAUAAAAAAAUAUAUAGUUUUCUGUAUUUGCUGAGCAAAGGUAGAAAGCCAUACACUCUAUAAUUCAACUUAGAUUCCUGAUAAAACUCACUACAGUAUGUUUAAAGGGCCAUGAAAUCAGCAAAGUUACUGUGACACACUGGACACAUGCCUGUUAAAAGUCCUGUGACACAUGGUGGAUGUUUAAGGAAGCGUAACAUUGGGGAAGGAGGUGCAGGUGAGGUGCCCACCUGGGGAGCUUACGGAACCUUAGCAGGAUGUCCGGUUACAAGAUAAACGUACAAUUGCAGAGCUUUUAAAUACUCCAGCAAUCACUAAUUAGAAAUUACUGUUUCACUUCAGUGUUAGUAGUGAAGUUAAUAGUUUACAUAAUAAACUUUUAUAAAACAGGAAUCAAAUGUUAACAAGGUUCAGAACCUAAUGAGCAACUGUCCAAGCUUGGCUGCCAGACAUCGGGGAGGAUUUGAUGGGGACGGACUCCGUGUUCCGGGUGGGAGGCCACAUCUCCCCGAGUUGCUCUACAUUUCAACUAACACUAAUCCCAAUCAGAAUUCCAAAAGAAUUGUUUUUAGAACUUGGGAAAAUCAUCGUAACUCAUCUGGAAAAAUUAACAGGCAGGAUUAGAGAAAGAAGUUUUUGGUACUUGUCAACGCUGAGCUGAGUUCGUACUUGUGCUGUUGUUUAAUCCUCGUCAGAGCCUUGCACUGGGUCUUGUCAUUGUCGCCCUCACACAGGUUGGAAGAGACACGGGCUGGGGAGACCUGCCGCGAGGGGGAAGGGGAAGGCGAGUGCUCGCGGUGCUGGGUUUCACCCGGCUCUGGGUGGGGCUCACGACCUCUCCUCCAGCCCCCAUGCCUGCUGGAGUGAGAAGCAGUCACAGGUAGAGAGCCUGAUUCCAGCGGGUGGCGGACUCCAUCCCCCAGGUUUGGUGCAACUAAGAAUGUCAGGGACACGGCCCCCCGCCCCGCGCCCCGAGCUGGUGGCAAAGCAGAGGAUCCUUGGGAGCCAGAACUGAGGGCGACGCAGAAGAAUCAGGUGGGUAAUGGAGGCCUGGGGCCCAGGGGCCCUGAGCCAGGAAGGCAGAGACGAGGGGCCAUCAGUGGGGUGGGUUGAACCGUGAUCCCUGCAGAGUUGGGACCCCUGAAGGCAACACGUGUGAUGAAAUUGGGGAAACCCUGGUCUGCGGAGGGCGAGUGGGGGGUGCCUGCCUGAGCAGUGGAGAUGCUGAAGUACGGUAUGAGUCCUGUCGCCUAGGUUUAAAGAAACGAGGUGAUUACAGAUACAAUGAAGAAACAAGGGACUAACAACAUUGACUGCAAAGUUUUGAAAAAUAACUUCUAGAAGUGAAAAUAUAACCAAUGAAAUUAGACAUUCAACGGAUAAGAUUAAAAGGAAAAUUGGCCAUAGCGAUUAUGCAGAAUGCCCAUAGGGAAACAAGAAAAACCUAAACGACUCUCUUACAUAAAGGAUAAAGCAUAAAAAGAGCUAACAUACGUAUAAACGAGCUCCAGAAAGAAGAACUGCAGCAGAGAGAUCUGAAAAAGUAAUGGCUAAGGAUAAAUUACUGAGAAGGAUGGAAGAUAUGAAUCUCCAGUUCAAGAAGCCAAAUGAAUUAGAAGCGAGAGAGGUACAAAGAAAUCGCUACCUAGAAACAUUGUAUAGGAAGAAAUGAAAGAACACCGAAGACCAGCAGAUGCUUACACGUGGCCGGAGAGAGAAGACAGGUUGAUUCAAAGGGCCUGCCGUCAGCCUGGGGGCUCUCAUCAACACCCUUCCCAAGACAGGGGCAAGAGGAGGACAUUUCAGAGAAACCAAAUAUUCACUACCAAUAAAUUCCGCUUAAACCUCUAAAGGGUGUACUUUAGGAAAAAGCAGAAUGGUUUCAGAAGGUUGAAGAGGCAAGAUGAAAUAGCGAAGAAAGUGGUAAAUACGUGAGUAAAACUAAACUCUGUGAACAGCCAUAUUUAAUAUGGCUAAAAAGAAUUAAAACCUGUGAGGGUGCAGGUCUAAAGGGUCUCCAGGUACAGGGAGCACAGUCUGGGAUGCAGAAAGAAAACAGAACUCCUAUUCUCAUUUUUAAUGCUUUGCUGCUGUUUGAAGGUGUUUUUGUACACAUGUGCAGUUUAAAAGUUUACAUGUAUGUAAGCACACAGGUGCACGUAGUGGACGUAUGUUCCAGCCGCUGGUCUCAUUCUGCAUGACUCCACAGCUGACCCUUUUAGUUGCAUUUUCCAGCAAUUAGCAGUCAUUUGUCUCACACAGUGACUGUCAAUCUUGGAUGCACAUUACAGUCGCCUGGGUGGGCUUUAAAGUGUCCUGCCCCACCCCCGACGUCUGAGUUCACCAUCCUGGGGUGUCCUGGAGGGUGUGGAAGCGCCUCAGGUCCUUCUAAGUGUGACAUCGUCCCCACCAGGGCUCUGGGCGAGGGGCUCAUCCAGGUGUGAAGCUGGUGUGUGUGGAAGCCCCGCCCAGGUUCUUGGUCGUCGGCAGGUGGGCUGGGAAGUGCCGGCCCAGGUGGUGUGACCCUGAGCAGCAGGUUUUGCAUCUGGAACCUGGGCUGCCCUGUUGUUUCAGGACACGGAGGGAGGGGUGUGUCAGGCACCGUGCCCGUGUGUGGCACGCUCACAAAAGGUUUUGUUUGAAUGAGGAGACAAGUCAGGACGAUCCUGCACAGGACUGUUGUGAAGAUUACGGGCAGGAGAGCCCUGGGCGGCAGAAAACAAGGCCACGCAGGUGGCUGUCCCUGUCACCUGUGAUUGCUGUGCUCAGGUGCCCUGCGACCGCAGGACACCAGGGUGCCGGCCAGGACAGGGCUGGCCGCCUUCCCGUGGCGGCACCGAGGUGCGGGUUGUGUCUCGUGCCAGCGGAGGUUUUCAGGGUUGGGAGUUCUCCAGAAGCUGUGCUUCUCUAUCUGGUCUUUACCUGUUCUAACUGCUGACCCGCCGUGGACCUUCCGCUAUGUCGUCGCCAAGUCCCCGAGCCCCUUUCCUCCUCGUGUGGUCCCCCGGCCGUCUGGUGUCCACGGGCCCCUUCACUGUUCCCCUCCUUGGGCCUCUUCUUCCCGUCCUGCCUCCCCGACACUCCCCCGCCGCCCGGGCUUCUGCUCCAGCCCCUCUGCUCCCGCUGACAGGGAGGUGGCCCUUGCCGAGGAGGGUGCGUGCCCCUGGAGGGGACAGGGCCAGCUGGGAGCCCCGCCCGGCCUCUGACGGGGCUGCUCGUCUCUCACAGACGCCAGCCAGGAGCAGAGGGACCAGACCCGACUCCAGCCCCGAGAGGGCUCCCUGGAGCAGCCAGGACUCUCCUUUGUAUUGGUUUGUUUACUGAACUUGUAAAAUAAGCCACAUGUACAGAGUUAAGACGCAAAUACUGAUGACUAAGACUUCACUGGCCAAGGGCCACUGCUCCGGCCUGGGUGUGCUCUGUUUUUAUUCCAGCAGAAGUGGUGGCCAUCUCCGUACAGACUGGCCUUGCUCAGUGAUCAUUCUUGGGGUCUCAUUGAUCUGAAUCCCACCACGUAGGCUAAAGCUCACCAGAGUAACCUGUUCUUGGAUUUGUUUCCAGAGAAGCAAAUGACGAGGGAUCGUGUCGCUCUGAGAGGAUGAACGCCCUAGAAAUGGCAGGUUGAGCCAACGAAACAGGCCCGGUGCCGCUGGACCUCCGGCCCAGCGAGAACCGAGAACCGAGUGAACCGAGGCCGCCCCUGCUCCUCCCUGGACGUUUGCAGCCUCGCCGAGGGGGGGCCUCAUCACCAUCAUCACAGAGCAGGGAAGGGGGCACCAAGGGUCCACGGAGGAACGAGAAGAAUACUUAGGUUGCGCUGUGGAGAACGCAGCCUGCAGGAUACACCAAGUAGGUUCUGAAGAACAGCAGCAGACAGACGCAGCACAUGACGAUACUAAACAUUCAGGGCCUAACUGUGAUCCUGUCACAGUGUGUUCCACGUUCACUGGUGGGAACUCGCUGGUUGCUUUAAGCAUACGACUGACUUCCUCCCCAAAAGCAUUUGCUCAGUCAUGUGACUUGUAAUUUUACAAACAUAAACCCGAGACUGGUUUUAAUUUAGUAACAACCAGGAUCAGACCUGUCCCUGGGGGCUGAGCAGUGAACUCAAAAUUAACCCCCUGGUGUGGUCUCUGCCCGGUUCCCAGCGACAGCAGGUGUAGUGAGAGAAUCUGCCAAGAAGGCCUGUCUACUACCUUGCUCUCCCAGCGUCUGCCAAACACUGUAGUUACUGGGAGAACACCUGUUCUGAGAGUUCGUAUCCGCAUUUCACCCGGUGAUUCACGCUGUGCUCACAUCCAUGGAAGGCCUGGCAUCUCCUCCAGCUCCGUUUCAUUUUUGCUCACUUGAACUUUACUUUCCCUGAGGCAGAAUCACAGACUAACCUCUUAUUUGCAGAACAGAAACUGAGGCUUGGGAGAGGAAGAAAAUGGCCCACAUUGGCACGAGCAGGCCAGGUCCCCAGACCCCGAGCCCAGGCGCUCCGUGGCUGCAGGCCCACGUUCCGUGACGGGCUCGGAAGGCGCCACGAGGAAACCUGGGGUUACGUGGCUGGCCCCUCAGGAAGUCGUGAUUUCCUUUUCCAAGCAGAGCCGACCACUUGUUUCUGUUUGAAGCCAGUGGCCUGUGUCCCUGAGCACUGCGGCCGCAGAGGAUGCCAUCCGAGUGCGGAUGAGAGCGGGAAGCGGUGCAGGGACCCCUGGCCCCCAGGCUGGACUCGCGCAGCGGCGUGGUCGGCUGUGGCAGCCCUUGACCGGACGCCCUGCGGACCAGCGCGUGGGGCAGGUGGCAGGGGCUUCCGUGUGACUGGAAGGGCCGCAGGGAGAUGGUGACCCCAGGGCCACGUGGGUGAUUCAGACCCACGCUGAGCCUGGAGCAGGAGGGCGUGGCGCAGGGCCUGCUUUUUGCAGCUUUCCCAGCCUUGGAGCUGUGUUCCUCGUGGGGACACCCGCCCACCUGCUUCAUCUCCCGGAGGAAGCGCUCCCCCCUCGGGUUGUGUGCCGUCUUCCAGACGAACGUCUGUCUCUCCCGGGCUGUGAACUCCCCGCAGCCAGGGACCAGAGGCUUCACGUCUGUCCUCCCGGCACUGCUGGUGCACACGGGUGGCGCCGACCGUGUCCGCGGAGGAGGGAGUGGCGGGCAGGCCGCACGGAUGUGCAGACUCGCUGGGGCUGGCGAGGCCGGCGGGCCGGCGUGUCCACGUGGAUUUCUGUCUUUGGUUAGACCGGGAGACAGGCCUGUCUCCUCCCGUUCCUCAGACCAGCGAGGCGUCCCUGGUGCGCAGGAGACCGCCCAGCCACGGGGUCGGCGGGCCCCGCUCAGGACACGGGGGGCGGCAGGGCGGCGGGUGGCGGGAUGCCCGCCCACUCCAGGAUGUCUGCGCACAGGGACUCCACGGCGUCCAGCCGCUCGAUCUGCACCAGCUUGGUGAGCAGCUCCGGGAUGCUGUAGCCGGCCGUGCUGAUGCGGUCAAAGAGCUGCAGGCCGUCCGUCAUGCCCCCGAUCUCGUCCCGCUUGAGCCCGAAGCUCUCGGCCAGGUGGCGCCACGUCUUCACCACGGCCUUCUCCGAGUUGUACGUGGCGCUGAGCAUCCGGCUGGUCUUCUCCAGGCAGUCGAACGGCAGCUCCGUGGGGCUGAGGCCUGUGCGACAAAGGGCCACGGUCAGAGAUCGGCAGAAGCGCGACACCUUCGAAAAGGCUCUCUAGACUCUCUUUUUUAAAACUAAAAUAAAACACAAAUGCAGAAAACCACACAGGAUAUAUGCUGAAGGCAAACAACUCCCGGGACACUGCCAGCCACACGCGAAGCCCCUCCAUUCCCCUGAUCCAAGCAGCCCUGUUGGAUGCCCUCUAGGACGCGGUGAGCCAUCACCAAUGCCUUUGAUACGGGCCACCCUUAGUCAGGUGCCCCUGCCGGUAUCAGGUCCCUUUAUGGGGACCACGGUCACCUUCAUGAAAGGUGCUCCAAGGACAGCCUGGCGUGGGUGUCAUCUGAGCCAAGUCACUGCCAAGUCAGUGGCCUAGCGUUCCUCAGACCCCGCUGUACAUUAGACUCGGCCAGGGGCACUUAAAAAAGAACGUGUUUCCACUUCUGGAAGAUGCAGUAGACAUGCUCUUCCCUCUUCCUCCUGGUAGCACAGCUGAAGACCCGGGACACACCCACAAGCACAGACAAAAUGCCCAUCAGAAGUCUGCUCUCAGCAAGAAGAAAACACUCGGACGGUAACUGCCUUCUUACAGCCAGACACCCAGAACAGCCCUGCUCCCACUCCCUCCGAGGCCAGCAAAGCUGAGCGGGAGCCUGGGCGUCCACCCCCCGGGAGGCCGUAGCACCAGGUGUGUCGGGAGGGCCAGGUGGGGACAUGGGCUUCCUCCUCAUCAGCUGGUAACAAGCUUCCCCGCCCCCAUGGUGUUGGUGGAGGCCACUCGGAGGAGCAGAUGCCCACCCGCACCCCCAUGGGUGUCAGCGAAGGCUGAGUGGGAACCCGCACAUCCACGACCACCUGGUGGUGACAAGAGGUGCCCCUCCCCCGCACAGGUGUGUCAGAGGAAGCCAGCUGCACAGAAGCUUCAAGUAAGACCCUGAGUCUCAGAACAUCAUAUAAAACUGUUCAGGUUUCCAUAGAAACUCAACUCAUCACGACCAAGAACCAGGAAGAUCUCAAAUGAGUGAAAAAAGACAAUCAGUAAAUGCCGACACUGAGAUAACAAGAGAUGUUGGGAUAUCUGACAAAGAUUUUAGAGAAGCCACGAUAAAAGUGCUUCAACAAGUAAUUACAAACAUAUUGACACUUGAAACAGAUAAGAAAAAAUAGAAAGGUUAACAAAAGAAAGUAUAGAAAACCAAAUGGAAAUGUUAGAACUGAAAAAUGUAAUAAGAUUAAAAGCUCAGUAGAUAUAGCAGAAUAAAGAGGAAAGAAUUAGUGAACUGAAUAGCAGAACAGAAAUUACCUACCUGAACAAGAGAGAGAAACUUAAAGUCACAAGAGCCAAACCCAGCCAGACGGCUGGAGAGGGUCCCCGGGAAGUAAGUGCCCCCUGGCCCUCCGCUUACCUUCCACGACGCCACACACGUUGGCAUACACGUCCAGUAUUUUCUUCCUUCGACUCUGAAUCUACGAAAAAAGGUGAGUAUUAAGUUUCAGAAAGCGGGAAAACGGCAGCAAAGGACCUAAUCCUCCACCUCAGUGUUGCCGGGCAGCUGCCUUCCUCAGUUUCCCAUCAGAAACGCUGAACCGCGUCCUGGCAGGAACAGCUGUCAGAUUCGCAGAAGGAAGCCUCUCCCCUGGGUCACCCGGCUACGGCGCCCUCAUUGCUCACAGGGCCUUCUGGGGCUCCACUGGACACUCAGACUCGAAGACGACCAGAGGCCACGUCUGGCCUCGGUCUGUGUGGCAGGACGGACCUGGGGGCCCCAGCCUGCGGGCGGGUUCCUGCAGGCGCCGAGCCAUGUGGCGCUCUCCUCUCCAGAGCGGGCGGCUCGGGGUGCACACGUGGCCCUCAGAGCUACCAUCUCUUGGGAUGACCCCACAGGCCCCCUCCAGGGGUCGCUGAGCUCGGCAGCCAGGGCGCAUCCUUGUCGGGAGUGACCCCGAGGCUGCACCGCGGCCCCCGCGGCGCCCGCCCGUUCUCUGGGCGGCAGCCGCACGUGUGCGCGUGCGUGCGUCUCGUCUGGGUGGGUAUAUUCCAGUAUGUUUACAAAGGAUGUUGCUGUCCUGCGCUUUCCAAGCCAUUUAAACUUUCUCCUCUUGAUUUGUUAUUUCUCCCUUUCUUCUGUAAAGCUGCAUAAUAAGGGAACUAACUUUUCUGUCCUUAAUGCCUCCUUUUGAACCUGUCUCCUGGCGGGGCUCGUGGGAGGAACCCCGGACUCAGCAGCGCCCGUUCAGCGGAGGGCGGCGUGUCUGGGGGCCGGGCGGGGGCCUCACCCCGGCUGCCUUGGUGGCGGUGGCCGCCUUCUCCCUGGCCAGGUGCACCAGCGACAGCAGGCACAGCUCCGGGGGGCCCUGCCCAUCGUCGCUGUCCAGGCUCCGGUUCAGCAGCUGCUCCUUCUCCGACGAGGCGUCGUUCUCACUACGGAGACAGGGCUAGGGUUAAGGGCGCCCGGGCUGGCUGGCCUCACCUGCUGCCCCAGCAGUGGGACCUGUGGGCGCCGACAGCUGUCCGCGCUUUACCGAGCGGCUCUGGGCACGGGACUCGAGACGGAGAGACGCGGCUCUGGGGCCUCCCCACCUCCCGGCCAUCCACACCCGAGUCUCCACCGAGCAGACGGGGUCCCGAGCCGGCGCCGCACCCCGCAGACGCCUGGAGUUACUGGAAACAAAGCUGAACACAGCCUGCGCCCGGGGACCCCCUCCGACGGGGGCGGGGCGGGGACCUUCGGGAACCCCCACGGGGGGCAGGGGGGCUCACGUCACCCCCCUGCCCCCACCCAGCCCCCGGCCCUAGCCACGCUCUCAAAAUCACUCCACGCGGACGAAGAACAACAUUCUUCCGUAUAGGCACCCUGCUCGCCUCCUGUAGUUUGGCUGAAGAGCGAUUUAAAAACACAGAGCCCUGUGUCCUGGCAAGUGGGUCACAGAAGCGAAGCCCCGCCGCAGCGCCACCUGGAGGUGCAGGACCCGGAGCCCGGCGCGGACAGCAGGCGGGGGCAGCGCGUGCGGCCUGGCGCCCCUUCCCGCUCGCACCCCCGAGGGCCCGCCUGCGCCCGCGCUGGGGGCUGCCGCGCCCGACUCACCUCUUGGCCGACUUCGCCGGAGCUGCCGUCAGCUUCUCGAAUUCGUCCUGCUCGGAGAACAUCACCACGCUGUCUGUGGGGACGGGAGAGGGUCGGGGAGGCGUCAGCGUCCGGCCUCCCCGGAGGGGCCGCGCGCGCCCGGCCCUCAGCCCACCGCCUCCCGGACGCCCGGCCCAGGGGCUGCCCCCAACCUGGGACCUCUUUCUUCUCCUCCUCCUCGCUCACGGGGGCUUCCGGGCUCUUCACGGGGGCGCUGGGGCA